UAAGCUGGGUGAGGAAUUAGUCCUGAGCUGUUUUUGAGUGCAGGAGUUGGGGAAAACGGAGAGAAGACAUUUGUUUGCUUGAUUCCACAUGACAACUCCAGGGUAACUGAACAGACUGUACGGUUGGGUUGACAGGGCUGUGCCAGCAGCCUCACAUUCCAGAGGCAGGGGGAUGGAAGGGGCACUGACAACUGCAAUGGAUCCCACCCGAAUUUCUCCAAAGAGCGACAAUUUACCUUCAAUUAUUAAUGAUUUUCAGAGGUUUCCCUUCUGAGAGCACCUUUCCUCUGAGGCACCCCAAGCCCUUCCCAUACCCCCGUGUGCUCAGCAUGGACACAUGUCUGCCAGAUUGGGGCCAAGGAAGUCUUGAAAUACACCCGAGAUUUAUUCCUCAUAUCAAAUUGAUCCCUGCUCGCCAGGACUGUCUCCAUCCUGUCCCCAUCUGAGCGGUUCAUGCCCAUGGUGCCCUCAGAGGGUGGCUGAGCACAGCCAUGCAUCAGCUCUUUGGGCUGGUUCUGGCACAGAAGGACCUUUCCCGGGCGGGGGAUCUCUUCUCCUUGGAGGAUGCUGAGAUCGAAGGGAGCCUCUCCGAAGCUCUGGAGCAAAUCAGGAUAAUUAGUUCAGCUGCAGACUACCAGAGCAAUGACAACGACCAGGCCGUGGUGGAGAUCUGCAUCACCCGCAUCACCACGGCCCUGCGCGAAACCGCCUCCAUCGAGCGGCACGGCCGGGCCCUCGUGGCCCUCUGGGAGUCCUGCCUGGAGCACAACCUGAGACCCUCGGCCAGGGAGGAGGAUGCACCACACGCCAAAAUUGCCUCUGACAUCAUGAGCUGCAUCCUGCAGAAUUACAACCACCCCCCAGUCAUGGCCUUGGCUGUUCCAGUGGCAGUGAAGUUUCUCCAGAGGGGGAACAAGGAGCUGUGCAGGAACAUGUCCAGUUAUCUCUCCUUGGCUGCCAUUGCCAAAGUGGAUCUGCUGGCUGAGCACACGGACACCAUCGUCAGGAGCGUCCUCCAAGGGAACUCGAUGCUGCUCCGUGUGCUGCCCGCGCUCUACGAGCAGCAGCCGCGGCCGAUCGCGCUCCGGCUGCGGGACCUGCUGGCACUGACGGCCCAGCUGGACCAGGCAGAGCAGCUCCACCUCCUCAGGCUCCUCCAGGCCGUGGCCAGGAACAGAGAACUCGGGGUGCUGACAGAGUGUUUACCCUUUUUAUUUGGGCAUUUGAGGGACCCCAACCACAGUGACUUGAUUCUAAACAUCCUCAUAGAAAUAUCCAGCUACGAACCAACAGCCUUGGCCCCUUUUCUGCCGACGCUGAAGGAGGUUGGGGAGAGUUUUCCAGGUCUGAUUGGGCAAACAGCAAAGAUCUUUGGAGCUGUUGGGCACAUUGAUGAGGAGAGAGCCAGGACCUGCCUGCUGUACUUGGUGAACCAGCUGGCCAACAUGGAGCACUCAUUUCACCAUAUUCUGCUGCUGGAAAUUAAGAGCCUCACCGACACCUUCUCGAGCAUCCUGGGCCCCCAGAGCAGGGACAUUUACCGCAUGAGCAACAGCUUCACUGCCAUAGCCAAGCUCCUCGUCCGGCAGCUCGAGGCUGACAGCACACCAGGAGCCAGGUAG